AACCAAACAGAGUUUUAAGAAAAAUAGACAAAAAUAUAUUAUACAGGUGAAGGAUAAAAGAAGGAAAAAGAAAGAAACCAAUUUUGAAAGAGUAGGAGAAGAAUCACCUGAAAGAAGUUACAAGGAAACAAAUUAAGGAAGUGAUUUGUUCUAUCGAUAAAAACAUUCAAUUGAAUCAAGAAAAUGACAAAACAAGAUACUUUAAGCCGUAUUUUCUUGAAUACCUGCCUUAUAUUAUUGUUUUUUAAAAAUGUUCGUACUUAUCCGCAAGUAAAAGUUGAUAAAUCGAUGCAAAAUGGAAAUCAGACAAUUGCUAGAUUUAAUAGAGAAAAUCAAUUAUCAAUCUCUGAAAGUAACUUCACACAUGGACCUAAUACAAAUUCAAGGGCUCGAUUAUUUCAAAAUGAUAAUCCAGAAUUACUUAAUCAAGCUAAUAGACAUGAUCGUAUAGACGGUAAAUUUGUUUUUCCAACGGACAAUAGACCAUAUACCGAUUCAUUAUCAUCAAUAUCGUCACGAAUAUUGGCACCAGUUUGUCAUGGAUCAACUUAUUGCGAAAGAGUAUAUGAUUAUCCCGAAGAAACAAUAAAUAAUGCUAUUCAACAAAAUAGUAGUAUACAAUUUUUUGCGACAACAGAUGUGCUACCCGAUAUUACAAAGAGAAUUGGUGUAGGUAAUACACCUCUUUGUGCAUCUAAUGAAAAAAUAAUUUAUCCAAGAUCAGCAGAAAGUAAGACCAAGGAAUGGUUUGUAAUUGUAAAUCAAGAUAAUUUUAAACAAGGAGUACGAAUCGAAACAUGCGGUAGUAGUAACGAGAAUAGCAUGUGCAAUAUAAAAGGAAUGUCACUUGCCGAAGGUUACAAAUCAACAUGCAAACAAAAAUUCAUUUAUCGUCAAAUGGCUGCCAUUUCGAAAGAUGGUAAAAUUUUUCCAGAAAUGUUUCGUUUCCCAUCGAGUUGUUGUUGUCACGUUAAAUUUACUGUAGACCCAGUUGGUAGAUUGGGAAUUCGUAGUAAAGCAUUGACAAGUAAAUCAUUACUUUGAUUUAUUAAAUUUAUAUUGCGAAAUAUUUUAGUUUCGAUAAAUAAUGCUACAUAUAUUUUUAAAUAAUUAUUAUCAUUUUUACUAAGUAAAUCAAACAAAUAUUGAAACAUAGGCCCUAAUAUAUUAACUCAAUGUCGCCCGCAACAAAAUAUUUGGAUAUCAGACAAAUUUUCACAAUCUAUUGAAUUAUGAUCUUAUUAUAAUAAAUAAAAAUAAGA